AAUCAGUAAGCUACACAGCCUAUAUUCUUGGUUCAAUAUAUAUUAACUUUUUAUUGUCCAUUUCUGCAUUUCUUACGUUAGAGCCGAAUAAAAUAAAAUUUUAACAAGUUGGACCACUUUCUUAGGGUCUCUAAAUCUUCUUCAUCCCACAACUCUCGCCGUCCGAUCUUCUUUCUCUCUCUACAUCUCUCCGUUGAAUCUAUUUCCUUCUUCUUCUUCUUCUUCUUCUUCUUCUUCUUCUUCUUCUUCAUCUUCACUGUUACCUUGUUAUCUCAAUUUUCAGUUAUAGCUGUAUCAAACUUGUUGGUAGUAAUGGUAAUUUGUUAGUACUUGCUAUUGAAAUAAUUAAGAUUGUAUACGGUUCUAAUGGAUGACCGUAGCUCAACGCGAUUGAGUACGUCGACGAACGACACCGUAUGGGAGUGCGUGAUUCCGUAUAUACAGGAAUCACGUGACAGAGACGCGGUGUCUUUGGUGUGCAAGAGGUGGUGGCAGAUCGAUUCGAUAACGAGGAAGCAUAUAACUAUGGCUUUGUGCUACACAGCGAAGCCGGAGCAGUUAUCAAGGAGGUUUCCACAUCUUGAAUCGGUUAAACUUAAGGGGAAACCGAGAGCUGCUAUGUUUAAUUUGAUACCUGAGGAUUGGGGAGGGUAUGUUACUCCAUGGGUUGUGGAAAUUACAAAGUCGUUUAGUCGAUUGAAAGCUCUUCACUUUAGGAGGAUGAUUGUUGGGGAUUCGGAUCUCGAAUUGCUUGCGAUUCGUCGUGGUAAAGUUCUUCAGGUUUUGAAGCUUGAUAAGUGUUCGGGAUUCUCUACUGAUGGUCUUCUGCAUAUUGCUCGUUCCUGCAGGAACUUAAGAACUUUGUUAAUGGAAGAGAGUUCUAUAAUUGAGAAAGAUGGAGAAUGGGUACAGGAACUAGCAUUGAACAACACAGUUCUUGAGAAUUUGAACUUUUACAUGACAGACCUUGUGCAAGUUAGGGCUGAAGAUCUCGAAUUGAUAGCAAGAAAUUGUAAAUCUCUCGUCUCUAUGAAAAUUAGCGAGUUUGAAAUUACGAAACUUCUUGGUUUCUUUAGAGCUGCAGCUGCAUUGGAGGAGUUUGGUGGUGGCGCAUUUAAUGACCAACCAGAACAUGUUGCUGAAAAUGGCUAUAAUGAGCAAGCAGGAAAAUAUGCUGCAGUAGUGUUCCCUCCAAGAUUAUGCCAAUUGGGCUUGACAUACUUGGGGAAAAAUGAGAUGUCCAUUCUCUUUCCCAUCACAUUUCGGGUGAAGAAAUUGGAUCUUCUUUAUGCCCUUCUUGACACAGCAGCCCACUGUUUCUUACUGCAAAGGUGUCCCAACUUGGAAAUUCUUGAGACAAGGAAUGUUGUCGGGGAUAGAGGAUUGGAAGUGCUUGGCCAGUACUGUAAGAGGUUAAAGCGGCUCAGGAUUGAGAGAGGAGCUGAUGAUCAGGAGAUGGAGGAUGAAGAAGGUGCGGUUACACACAGUGGAUUGAUUGAUUUGGCAAAGGGAUGCCUUGAACUAGAAUACAUGGCUGUCUACGUGUCAGAUAUUACUAAUGAAGCCUUGGAAAUUAUUGGUAGAUAUCUGAAAAACCUGUCUGAUUUUCGGCUGGUUUUGCUUGACCGAGAAGAAAGAAUAACAGAUCUGCCACUUGAUAAUGGUGUCCGUGCUUUACUAAGAGGUUGCCAUAAUCUUAGAAGGUUUGCCCUCUAUGUCAGGCCUGGGGGACUUACUGAUGUAGGUCUCAGUUAUGUCGGGCAAUACAGCCCAAAUGUGAGAUGGAUGCUUCUGGGAUAUGUUGGUGAAUCUGAUCACGGCCUUCUAGAGUUCUCUAAAGGAUGUCCUAGCCUGCAAAAACUAGAAGUGCGAGGCUGCUGUUUCAGUGAACGUGCAUUAGCUUUGGCUGCCUUGCAGCUAAAAUCGUUAAGGUACCUUUGGGUGCAGGGAUACAGGGCAUCCUCAGCUGGUCGCGAUCUCUUAGCGAUGGCUCGCCCAUUCUGGAAUAUUGAGUUGAUUCCUGCAAGACGAGUUGUUACUAACGAUGGAAACAAUGGAGAAGCUGUAGUGUCCGAGCAUCCAGCCCAUAUACUUGCGUACUAUUCACUCGCCGGGCAAAGAACAGAUUUUCCAGACACUGUCAGGCCUUUGGACCCAACUUACCUUCUCGCUGAAUAGGUUUGUAAAUAUAACUUUUCCUUGAGUGAAGUUGUUUCAGGUCGAUUUGCUUCCUUUUUAGGUGUCUUGUCCAUAUGUAUGCCUCUUUCCUUUCCUUCCCUUUUUCCUUGAUGAGAGUUUUCUUUCUUUUUUGUUCCAAAUUGAUUUUGAUCUUUUCUUUUAGACAUGUAUCCUGUAAUAAAUUUGCUUUCCCUCAGGUUAUCUGUAAUCUAACACUUGUUGAUCUCA